CGACAGGCCAAUUCCAGGCCUCGCUCCUCCACCCGCCUCCAACGUCAUCACCGCCCGGCAGAGCAACUGAGGGUCACAGGUCACGACGAGGGCAAUGCGAUGGCUGCUCCUCCGAAAAUAAUCGUGCUCGGCAGCCUCAACGGCCAGGUCGACGCCGCCUUCAAGAAGCUGGCCACGCUCCACGCAAAGAACAGCUUCUCCCUCGCCAUCCUCACCGGAGACGUCUUCACGCCCGAAACCGACGACGAUGCGAUAUCAUCGCUGCUGAGCGGCGCGCUGGAGGUGCCGCUGCCCACGUACUUUGCCAUCGGCACGCACCCUCUGCCCGCGCGCAUCGCCGCCAGGGUCGAAGCCGAUGAGGAAAUCUGCCCGAACCUGCACUGCCUCGGCAAGCGCAGCAUCACCAAGACGUCAGAGGGCAUCCGGGUCGUUGCUCUCGGCGGCCUCUUGGACGCGAAACUGGUUGGCGGGCAGUCAAAGGAGCAGCACUUGCCGUUCCAUACUGAGGAUGACGCCAAGGCCCUCCGCGGCGCAAACACCGCCGACAUUCUCUUGACGUCCAUGUGGCCUGCCGAUGUCUGGCGAGGGUCCAAGGUGGCCCUGGAGCCCGCGCAACAAGCCGCGAUCCAAAGCACAAGGUCCAUUGCCGACCUCUGCGCGGCGCUCAAGCCCCGAUACCACAUCACCGCCUCGCCCGGCGUCUUCUUCUACGAGAGGGAGCCAUUCUUACAUCCCACCAGCAGCAGCACGGAUGAGAUUGCCGUGACUCGCUUUAUCUCCAUGGCGCCCUAUGGCAACGACGCCAAGGCGAAAGCCAUGUAUGCCUUUGCCCUGAACAAGUCGGACACGACGCCCGCGCCGGGUGCUACCAGGUCCCCCUUCGCGCCGGCCCAAGCGAAGCGCGACCGCGAGGACAGCGGCUAUAGCCGGUUCGGGCAUCACGAUGACCACCACGGCCGCCGCAACAAGCGCCGGCGGGCCGCAUCGCCGCCUCCGGGCCCCAGCCAGUGCUACUUUUGCUUGUCCAACCCCAACAUCUCGGCGCAUAUGUGCUGCAGCAUCGCCGACGACGCCUACCUCACGACCGCCAAGGGCCCCCUACCGACAUCCGAUACCUUUUCCAAACAAGGCCUCGACUUCCCCGGCCACUUCAUUAUCAUCCCGCUGCCUCAUGUCCCCACCAUUCCCAGCAUGGGACCCACAGACGAGCCAGAAGGCGAGGCCGUCAAGACGUACAAGGAGAUGACGCGAUUCCGCGAGUCGCUGCAAGCCAUGAUCGCCAGUCGCUCCUCGCACAAGCUCGGCACCGUGACCUGGGAGAUCAGCCGCGACAGCAACGUCCACCUCCACUGGCAGCUCGUCGCCGUGCCCGCGGACCUGAUUCGCAAGGGCGUCGCCGAGGCCGCCUUCCGCGUCGAGGCCGAGAACGAGCGCUACCCGCCCCUCAAGUCACGCGACCUCGCGCUCGGCGAUCAGGCCGCCUACGGCGACUUCUUCCGCGUGUGGCUCUGGGCAGACGACGGCGAGGACCGCAUUAAGGGCACGUCCCUCGUCAUGCCGCUGCCCCAGGACCUGCGCUUCAACCUCCAGUUCGGCCGCCGCGUCCUCGCCAAGCUCCUGGGUCUCGAGGCCCGCUUCACCUGGCAGGACUGCGCCCAGACCGAGGUGGAGGAGAAGCGCGACGUCGAGGCCUUCCGCUCCGCCUUCAAAGAGUGGGACUUUACGCUCGAGUAGGGCGGCGCAUUCAGCUUUUCCAGUCGCGCGCGCACGACACACACACACACACACACAUCCCUUUGGACCGUAUCCGUCUCUGGUCAUCUUACCAGCUGGCUCGCAUCCGCUGAAUGAAUUCCCGUCCAGAAACUGGUGUUCGGUAGAGUCUCGCACGGUCGCCCGCGUCGCUCAUCUAGGCUAGAGCGGACGGGGCUACUUCCUCGGCGAUUUUCUCGCAGUUCUUAUCGCAUUGGCUCGGCGUUGGGCAGGGACAUUUCAUAUUUCGAUUAGAGUUUUGGGUUGGCGCUGAGGCUUUAUCACAGCGGCUGAGGAGUUCCAGAUCUGGAAUGCUGGCGCACCCGCAGUCAUGAAAGGUCAUGUUUCUCGGCCGGAUAACCUCCACCGACGGUAGAGAAAGAACUCCACGGAGCGGGCCAAAACAUGUGUAGCCUUGGCAGCUGAAGUCUCAGCAACAUAAAUCUCAUUAUAGACGGGUAUCGUGCACCGUGCUCUUCGUGUGGCGACAGGGCGUAGAUGCCGUGGUGGCUGGCAUGCCUAACUUGCAUUCAGCUGCCCGGAGCCAACACAUGCACAUCUCUCGAAUGGCUUGAGCUACGGAGCCGAUAUGUAAUUUUAGAACUUUUUUUGCGCUUAUGUUCCUCGGUCACUAGCUAUGAGCCAAACCUGGGCAGAUUGCGAUCCGCAUCAAAGGUUUUUCCAGUUAUGUACAACCAGCAGCCCUUUCGGGCCAACUUCUCAACCACACCUUCUUCGUCCAUGGGUGGUCAGCUAGUCUUGCAAAACAAAAACAUGCGCGCUAUGGUUUACACGCCGUGGCUCAUCAAGAAGAAUAGCUUCAGUGGGUUUCAGCCCCGAGGAAGUAUGAACAAUUAAAGGAAAUACAUGUCGUCGUAUGGGGUAUCGACGCGCGAUUAGCGCGAGGGGUAUGCCGCCCAUCAAUUGUUAUAAGGAAAGCUGUAGUAGUGGCAAUUGCUGGU